AUGUUCAAUGCAACAGGCCCCGACUCGAAUCGAAAUGCGCCUCCAGGUGUCGUGCCCGACUUUGACAACCCCGAAGAUGUAUUCUGGACGCUCAAUGUGGCCAUGAUUUCGAUAUGCGUCUCCUUCGUUGUCAUAUUCUAUGGUAUUCGGUUAUAUGUCAAGCGCACCAUUACCCACAAGAUAUUGACAGAGGAUUGUAAGUGCUGUCGUCACGAUAUUGAUGUAGCUAACAAUUUGGCACGAUAUGGAGCAGGAUACCACGCAUGGGAGAUUCGCAAGCCAGAGUACUACAACUGGCUGAAGUGGUUCUACGCAAGCACCGUCGUCUACUGUCCUGCCGCCUUCUUCACAAAAGCCACCAUCCUCCUCCUCAUGGCACGCGUCUUUGCGGUCGAACGAAGAGUCUCCAAAGGCAUCAAGAUCUUCAUAUGGUGUCUACUCUUGGGCUACGUCCCCAUAGAGUUCUUGCGAAUAUUCACCUGCUUCCCGAUUCGCACAUAUUGGGAUCCUUCGGUCAAGAAUGCCCACUGCCUCAACCAGCGCAAGAUCUUUUUCUCGAGUUUAUCUCUGUCGAUCGUCACCGACUUGAUAAUCUUGAUCGUUCCGAUACCGUUGACUUGGAAGCUACGCAUGCCUUUGCGCAAAAAGAUCAAGAUUGUCCUACUUCUGGGAGCUGGAGGAGUCGCUACUGCGUUGACAAUGUAUCGAACAUCCAAGGCGGUCCAGUUUCUCGAUUCGGAUGAUAUAACGGUCGACUAUACUCCAAUUGAUAUCUUGACGGCCCUUGAAAUCACCAUUGGUUUCGUCUGCGCUUGUCUCCCUUCCCUCAACCUCCUAAUCGAACACAAUAUCCGCAAACGCCGUCGCCAGAAGCAAAACCCUAAGUGGCCACGCCAAAGAAACGCAAUCUCCUCAAUAAAGAGACAUUUCCGCUGGGUCAGCUCAUCAACAGACCCAUCACUCCAGCGUCCUUCCAGGGCCUGCAUAAAGAACCGCAAUUCCGAGCGAAUGAUAGAUUUCGACGUUGAACUGGCCAUGCUCACUGGGCAACCCGUACGCAUGAGAUCAGCGGGAGGUGUGAGCACAGAUUCUCUAACCUGUCGACCCCUGGAUCACAGGCUCAGCUUUGGGGACGGUCAGAGGGAGGGAUGGCUAUCACGAGAUCACAAGGACAGCGAUGAUCAGGAUGCUGAGUUCAUUAUGAAAAUGGUUGAGAGUUCGAGGAUACGAGCCGAGGAGGGGUCAAAAGAGUCUUGGUGUCCAGUCUGGGAUGGUCCAAGAGAUCCAUUGGCCAGUGCAAGAAGCUGGCAGCGCAGUAUACCCACUUGA